CCUCCCUCUCUCUCCUCCUCCUCCACAUCCUCCACUCUCCUCCUGUGUGCACCAGCAACACUACCAGCAGCAUCAGCGGUGCUUCUCUGACGCACCAUCCGAGGAUGAGCAUCCCUCCUGCGGGCUGACUCCCUCGACAUCCAGCCCCCACCCCCACCUCGUGGCCCCUUCCUGUUUUGUUGUGUUUGCUGCAAGUGCGCUGCGUGCUUUUUGAUCAGCGAGGAUUUGCGCACUCUUGGCUGGGAAUUUACUUGCUGGAGAGUCAUCAUCAUCAUCAUCAUCAUCGAUCCAAUUCUUGGGCUUUUUUUUGGGAGGGGUGGGCAGGGGGCAUACCUGGUUACAGUGAGUGUUUAAAAGGUGAAGAGGAGGGGGGGAGCAUCGCUUGGAUUGGAAUAUUCAACUCACUGUUGCAGUUUUCCUCCAGAGUGCAUCCAAAUUGUCAUCGUCUCCCCACUGCGGGGGCUGCUGCGGAUUUUAGCGCCUGCUCCCUUUCCUUGUCAGUUGGGGGCGGGCGGGCGGGGGUGGGGGGGGCUCAGCGAACCAUCCCGGAGCAGGACCACCCCGAAUCGAGUCUGAGAUGCCCAGCCUGUGACACGGCGGCGGGAUCCUCGUAGCAUGGCCCCAGCCCGGAGGGAGCGCAGCGGCCGGGGGAUGCUCCUCCUGGCGGCGGGCUGCCUGCUCUUGGGCGCCGCGCUGCUGCCGCCUGCGCUGGCCAAGGUGUGCAACGACCGCACCAAGCGCGGCCAGGACAACAGCUGGUUUGCCCGGGACGGCGAGAAUUUGCCCAUCAUGGUGCUCAUGCCCAUGAACGAGUCGGCGCUGAUGAGCAGCAUCAGCCAGGGGAUCGAACCCGCGGUGCAGCUGGCCAUCCAGCACAUGAGGGAGUCCAGGAAGUACUCGUUCUCCCUCAUCACCAAAAUCUACGACACCGAGUGCGACAACGCCAAGGGCCUGAGAGCCUUCUUUGACGCCAUUUGUUACGGCCCCAAACACCUGAUGAUCUUUGGCGGCGUGUGCCCCUCCGUCACCUCCAUCAUCGCCGAGUCCUUGGAGGGCUGGAACCUGGUGCAGCUGUCCUUCGCAGCGACCACGCCCGUCUUGGCGGACAAGAAAAAGUACCCCAACUUCUUCCGUACCGUCCCGUCGGACAACGCCGUCAACCCGGCCGUGGUCAAGUUUCUCAACUACUACAACUGGAGCCGCGUGGGGACGCUCACUCAGGACGUGCAGAGGUUCUCUGAGGUGAGGAAUGACCUGACUAACGAGCUGGAGAAAGCCGACAUCCAGAUCGCCGACACGGAAAGUUUCUCCAACGACCCGUGCGUCAACGUCAAGAAGCUGAAGGACAAUGACGUGCGAAUCAUCAUUGGCCAGUUUGAUGAGAACCUGGCCUCCAAAGUCUUUUGCUGUGCGUACAACCUGAACAUGUUUGGCAGCAAAUACCAGUGGAUCAUUCCUGGCUGGUACCAGGGCAACUGGUGGGAGCAGGCCAACAGCACCAACUGCACCACCAAGAAGCUGCUCGCCGCCAUGGAGGGCUACAUCAGCGUGGACUUUGAGCCCCUCAGCGCCCGCCAGAUCAAGGGCAUCUCCGGCAGGACGCCAAAGGAGUACGAGAGGGAGUACAGCCGGGAGCUUCGGCAGAAAGGAGUGGAGCCCAGCAAAUUCCACGGCUUCGCCUACGACGGCAUCUGGGUCAUCGCCAAGACCCUGACUCGGGUCAUGGACCUGCUGCGUGUCAAGCAGCGGCAAAACAUCUACCACAAUUUCACGGUGGACGACCAUGAGGUGGGCAAGAUGGUGCUGGACGUCAUGAACGAGACCAAUUUCUUCGGCGUCACGGGCCAGGUCAUGUUCCGCAACGGAGAGCGCAUGGGCACCAUCAAAUUCAACCAGUUUCAAGAGGGCCAGGAAGUGAAGGUGGGGGAGUACAACGCCAUCGCCGACGUGCUGGACCUCAUCAACAACUCCAUACGCUUCCAAGGUGUGGAGCCACCCAAAGAUCGUACAAUCGUUCGAAAGCAGCGGCGGCACAUCAACGUUCCGCUUUACAGCAUCCUGUCCACCAUCACCAUCCUGGGCAUGCUCAUGGCCGGGGCCUUCCUCUUCUUCAACAUCAAGAACCGCAAUCACAGACUGAUCAAGAUGUCCAGUCCGUACAUGAACAACCUCAUCAUCUUGGGCGGGAUGCUCUCCUACGCUUCCAUCUUCCUCUUUGGGUUGGAUGGAGGCUUUGUGUCAGACAAGGAGUUUGAGACGCUCUGCACGGUGCGGACGUGGAUCCUCAUUGUCGGAUACACCACGGCUUUCGGCGCCAUGUUUGCCAAGACCUGGAGGGUGCACGCAAUCUUCAAGAAUGUCAAGAUGAAGAAGAAGAUCAUAAAGGACCAGAAGCUGUUGAUCAUCGUUGGCGGGAUGCUGCUCAUCGACUUGUGCAUCCUCAUUUGCUGGCAGAUUGUGGACCCGCUGAAGAGGACCGUGGAGGAAUACAGCCUGGAGGCGGACCCCCACGACCGAGACAUCGCUAUCCGUCCCUUCCUGGAGCACUGUGAGAACACCCACAUGACCAUCUGGCUGGGCAUCGUCUAUGCCUACAAGGGCCUGCUGAUGUUGUUCGGUUGUUUCCUGGCCUGGGAGACGCGCAACGUCAGCAUCCCCGCCCUCAACGACAGCAAGUACAUCGGCAUGAGCGUCUACAACGUGGGCAUCAUGUGCAUUAUCGGCGCCGCCGUAUCCUUCCUGACCCGGGACCAGCCCAACGUGCAGUUCUGCAUCGUGGCGCUGGUCAUCAUCUUCUGCAGCACCAUCACGCUCUGUCUGGUUUUCGUCCCCAAGUUCAUCACCAUGAGGACCAACCCGGACGCCGCCACGCAGAACCGCAGGCUGAAAUUCACCCAGAACCAGAAGAAGGAGGACUCCAAGACGUCCACCUCUGUCACCAGCGUCAACCAGGCCAACACCUCCAGACUGGACGGCCUUCAGACCGACAACCACCGCCUCCGCAUGAGGAUCACUGAGCUGGACAAAGAGCUGGAGGAGGUAACCAUGCAGCUGCAGGACACACCAGAGAAGACACCGUACAUCAAACAGAACCACUACCCGGACGCCAACAACAUCCUCAGCAUACGCAACUUCACCGAUGGCAAAGACGCUGACAGGAGCCUCCUGAAGAACCACCUGGAGCAGAAGCCUCAGGGCCAGUGGGGCUCCAUGGACCCGUCCAGAAUAACCCGGGGUCCCCUGGAGGACAUCAACUCUCCUGAACACAUACAGCGCCGCCUGUCGCUGCAGCUGCCCAUCCUGCACCACGCCUACCUGCCCUCCAUAGGGGGGGUGGACGCCAGCUGCACCAGCCCCAACGACAGCCCCGGCUCCAGCCCGCGGCACAGACACAUGCCCCCCUCCUACCGGGUCAUGGUGUCGGGCCUGUGAGCGUCACCCCGCCGACCCGCCCCCACCCCCCGGCCGACCGCCAAGACCCCGACCCUCUCGACCACGCCCCCACCUCUCCCUUAAUAACACACACGAGACCGUCUCUUCUUGCGAAGGAGACCUCAACGGUUGUUUUUUCUACGCCAAGAUGGACUGACAGCAUCAGCGACACGGAGGACAUGGCGGAGGGACGCUACUGGGAGAACCAGGCGGGAGGCGGGGGGGGUGGGAGGAGCCUGGAUUCGCUUGGCAGCGCUAACCUCCGCAAAGGCACGUGUGCAUCCAACAACACCGCAGCAAUGAAGCCUUAGCCGCUCCUGAAGAGUCGUCGUCUUUUUUUUCCCCGCCCCCCCCCCACAUUAGUCGCACGUGAGACAUGUAAAUAUCAUUCUGGACGUCGGCGUGUCGUUUGCUUCGUACGGGAUGUGAUGUGGACCGUUUGUUUGGUGUGGGGGGGCUGGGAGGGGUUCGAUGAAAGCACACGUCUUUGCGGAAGAUGCUGACCAACGCACGGGCGUUCUUAAUGCCCGUGGCGGCCCUUUCUUUUUUUCCACGAUGCUAAAUUUGCACCGCCGCUCGGCCUCACUGGUCAUGCGCGUGCGUGCGUGUCGUACGCCAAGAAAUACACACAAAAUACAAAAACAUGGCAUGGCGGGACUGAUCAUAUUGAUCCCAGAGGGGUGUUGGAAAGGAUGUAGGUCGACCACAGCCGCACUUGACCUGAAUUUCCACAACUGGCGAGGUUCUUGGAUUGAGCAUUGAAGCACACGCAGCGCCCCCCACUGGUCGGCCGUACGUCACGUCUCACCUGGCCCCUGUUGCUAUGGAAACGCAACGCCGGCCCCAACACGCAAUGUUUUUUUUGGUGCGUUUUUUUUGUCCUCAUGCAAGCGGAGACUGUGGAGGACGUUUGAUGGAGACGGUUUGUUGUUUUUCACCAUCGGUGUCUUGCUUUUUAGUUUUUGUAAAAGGCGUCCCGUCCAGCGCUGUGCCUGUCGUCACGGCGCAAACACGCAUCUUUACAUUGCCCUUUUUGACUUUUUCUUUCUCUUCUUUUUUUUUAACACCCGACGCCGCAAUGCACGGGACGGCGUGGGAUGAAACCGGACCGCUAGGUCAGAACUGAAGAACUGGACCCAAAGGGACCAGCUGAAUGGAGCUCGUAUGAGGCAGAAAGUGACUUCCUGUGAGAGCUAUGACCCCCCCCCCACCGCCCCGCUAGGCACCGCCCGCCCCACACAGGAGCACCUGGGCCACUAAACCACAGCAGAACCACACAAGCAAGCACCGGUCCGACCCAAACGAGACGUUCACAUUUUUCUAUGGUGACAUUCAUUGUGAUUGUGUACAAGUUGCUGACGUCCACGGAUGUUUUAUCGUUUUUCACAGGGGACGGCAUGGAAUCAAAUGUGUCAUUCACGCGUAUUUGCAGUUUUUGCACCUGCUCUUUGCAUCCACUAAAGGGUUUCCCAAACCUUGCUGGCCAAGUUUGAUGAUUUGUCAAGAUUAGCGCGUCUUGAGCGGCUUUGCAUUGAUGCUUGACAUCGACGUGUCGACGUGAGUGUCAUUGGGAGAUCGCAGUUUCGUAGGAAACGUUUCUUUAAUGAUAUCAAAUACAGCGAAACCUCUGUUUUCGUAGUCCCUUCCAAAAAGUCAGACAAAAAGCGAAGGCAUUUUUCCCAUAGGAAAUCACGUACAUCCAAUUAAUCCGUUACAGAAACCCCAAAAUAUUACCCAAAAAUGUCUUUUACAGAGAAUAAUUCUAGCUUUACGUACAGAAAAUAAUGACCGCUAAAUGACGAAUGAAAAGGAUAACUGGACAUCAAACAUUACUUUUGCCUUUACUGAAGACUUUCAUAGGUUUUCCUGCCAAAUGAUCGGCACACGGACUCCUACAGGCAGUUUGUUAGGCGCGGUGUUUGGCCGUACGAAACUGUGUACAGUGUACAGACACUGGAAUGUCAAAAAUUGUCGUAGAAAACCGAAUCGUACAAAAACCGAGGUUUGACUGUACUAAAAUGCAUCGCGGCUUGGAUGUACUUGAUUGAUGAUUGCAGCGUUACGUUCGUUAUUCAUUUGUUCCAAGAAAGAGAUGGGAAUUUCAGACAAAAAACAAAUCACACGAAAAGUGGGGCGUACGAAAAUUGAGACGUGUACAAAAACUGGCACGCAAUUGCGUCGAAAGUUGUCGUCCCAAAAAAAAUUAUGAACCCAAGACGAAGUACAGAAAAUGACAUGAAAUUGCGGCGAAAACAUACACGUCAUAUAAAACAGAAUUGUAUGAAACGUAGGGCACACGAAAACUGACACAGAAUUUUGCCGAAAACUGUCAGCGAAAACAGAACAGCAUCAGAAAGUAGGGCGUACAAAAACUGGGACAUGGGACAACAUUUUGGCAAAAACUGUCGUUGAAACUGAAUUGUAUGAAAAGUAGGGCAUACGAAAAUGGAGGUUUGACUGUACUAAAAUACAUCGAGGCUUGGAUGUACUUUACUUUGCCGAGAGAGUGUGUGCUUGAUUGAUGAUUACCUCAAUUUUCCUUAUUAAUUUGCUGCAACUCGACUAAAAGAGAAUCAUAUGAAAAUUGGGGCGUACGAAAACCGAGACGAUGUACAAAACCUGAGACAAAAUUAUGCCGAAAAUUGUCAUCAAAAACAGGAUCAGAUGAAAAGUAGGCCGUACGAAAACCGAAACAGAGUACAAAAACUGGGACGGAAUUGUGACGAAAACUGAUGUUGAAAAACAAAUCGUAUGCAAAGUAGGUUGUACGAAAACCAACGUUUGACUUUACUAAAAUCCAACGAGGCGUGGAUAUACUUUAUUUACUUUGCCAAGAGAGUGUGUGCCUCAUUGAUGAUUACCUAUGUUUUCGUUAUUAAUUCAUUGCAAAGGUCAGACGGAAACAGAGGCAAAAAUUCAACUACAUUUGACAUAUAUGCAUAUAAACAUACAUAUUGACAUAUUAAUAUAGGCUAUAUACUGUAUAUAUACAUAUAUACAUAUACAUAUAUACAUAUAUAAAUAUAUAUAUACAUAUAUACAGUAAUAUGCUGUACAAAAAAAAUUUAAUUAAUAUGUAAAUUAAAUUUCAACAAAAAGUAGGGCAUACAAAAACUUAGAUGGUGUACAAACAGACAAAAUUUUGGUGAAAUUUGUCGUCGAAAACCGAAUCAUAUGAAAAGUUGGACAUACAAAAACCAAGACUGUGUACAAAAACUCGGAGGAAGUUUUGGCGAAGAUUGUCGUUGAAAAUUGUAUGAAAAGUAAGGCGUGCGAAGGACGAAACGAUGCACAAAAACUGGGACGCAAUUCCGGCAAAAGAUGUUGUCAAAAACCAAAUCGUGAAAAUACGAAAACUGUGAUGACAUUUUGGCAAAAAUUCUUGUUAGAAAGUGAAUCGUAUGAAAACGGGUGUACGAAAACCAAGAUGGGCUAAAAAAAACUGGGCCAAAAUUUUGUGAUUGAAAACCGAAUUGUAUAAAAAGUAGGAAAAACAAUGUACAAAAACUGGGACAAAAUUUGAUCAAAAACUGAAUCGUGCAAAAAGUAGGGCCUAUGAAAGCUGAGGUUAGACUGUACUAAAAUGCUUAGAUUUGAAUGUCCGGCUGAUUAAUUACAGUGGUACCUCGGUUUUCAUUAUUCAUUCAUUACAAACCGACGGCGCAAACUGUGAUAGAAAACCAAAUCGUACAAAAAGUAGGGCACAGGAAAACCCAGGUUUGACUGAACUAAAACACAUCAAGGCUUGGAGAAGUUUACCUUGCAGAGAGAGCGUGUGCCUGAUUGAUGGUCACCUCAGUUUUUGUUAUUAAUUUGUUCCAAACCGAUGACGAAAAUAGUCAUUGAAAACCGAAUUGUAUGAAAAGUAGGGCAUAGGAAAACCAAGAUGUGAACAAAAACUGGGACAAUAUUUCAGUGAAAAUUGUCGUUGGAAACCGAAUCAUGUGAAAAAUAGGGUGUACGAAAACCGAGGUUUCACGGUGGUAGUUGUAUUUCGCCUGAUUGAUGAUUGCAACGGUUCCUCAGUUUUUGUUAUUAAUUACUUCCAAAAAGUCUGACAAUAUUUCUGAUGUAAACCGAAUCAUACAAAAACUGGGGCAUACGAAAACCGACAUUUGACUGCACUAUAACAAUAAAACUGCACCCAUUUGGGGCCACCGAAAUCAUAAUUUUUGGGAAACCCUGAUUCUAAAAACAUGAAAUGUUUCUGUUAUGUACAAGUAGGACCUCAAACUAACAAACUAAGACGGUCACACGGACUGAGGGGGAAGGUAGAAGCAGACAGUCUAUCUUUUUUCCGUUAUUUCCUAUCGCUAAAGAGGAAAAAUGUGAUAAUCUUUUGGUUUUAUUUGAAGUUUCUGUUUAACAAAGUGGUGCAAAUGCAGCCGCGGUGGGUCAAGGGCUCAUAAAAGUUGUAAAAGUUGCCGUCAUCGAGGAAAAAGCACGAAUGGUUUUCUUUUUCUAAGCCUUUCUACGGCGUCUGCAGAGAGACAAAACACUUUCCAGCCAAGUUCAGCGUCACUUUGAUUGUGCUUCACUCUUUACGUUGAACAAACCAAAAUGCAACCAGAGGGGCAAUAACUUGUUUUCUGUUCACAGAAAGAGUCAACUGCAGUAUAUAGAUAAAUAUAUAUAUAUAUAUAUAGAUAUAUAUAAAUGUAUAUGUAAAAGAUCUUUAAGUAACAUUCUCAUGUUUUUUAAUGUUGAUUUCACACAAAAAAAUGCCGCAAAUGAUACUUGGAGUUUUUUUAAUUCUCGAUUAAUUUUACAGUAUCUGUAACGAUGUUAUGUCCAGAUGAGGUAUAGCUGUGGAGACGUUGUAUAAAGUAUCACAUGACAUCCCGACACUUCAACGUCUUUCUCGGCGCCAUUAGUUGUUGCCACGCUGGGAUUUGGGAGGGAAAUAAAACAACGACCUUCUUCUUUUUGUUGUCUGAAUGUCCUGGACAGCCUUUACUUUUCACAUCAUCGUUGAAUAAAGUGAGACUGAAAGUGAGACGCUCUGCUCCAACCCUUUUUUUUUUACUCUGUGAACCAUCUGAAAAAUAUCGCUUACUGGCUUUUGUUUGAUGGAAAACCAAGUAGGUGCUUUUUUUUUCGUAUUAAAAAUAUACAAAACCGUA